GUUAUUUGCAACAGGUGUGGCAUCGAUUGCUGACAGCUGUUGAGAAUGCGUCUUCGUGUUGAAUGUCAACUAAAGCAGAAACAAAAAACGUUUCGCUGCAGUCACAGCGAGUGUUUUCAGAGGGGAGGUGACCGAGCGGCAACUAAGAAUUAUUCCUCUAUGACACUCGCUUGCCCACGAAUCACUUUUUCCACCCACAUGACUUCCAACGGAAGACAUGCAAUUCAAGCUUUCCCUCGCCGUCAGAAGCGGUGGAAUGAGGAAUGAGUUGCCUUGCUCUGCUUCCACCUCCGACGCGUUUUGAAGUCGAACACUAUGCGAAAGUAGACCAGUCACUAUUUCGUUGGCUAUUUUGGGGAUGUGGAAAAUGAAUUGAAGGACCCCCGGCACAUCAGGGAUCACAUCGAACUGCUCGGACAUGGAUCUUCAAUUGAUUGUGUGGCUCAUUUACUGCUUUUUUCUGCCAGUCGUCUUGCUAACAGUUGGAGCGGCCAGGCUUGCGUUCAUCGUCGCCUUGGUUCUCAUCGGCGGCAACGAGGGAUUGUCCCCCCCAAAGGACGGCGAGAGUGCCGUGGUGGUGGAGGUCCCGCACCCUGUGGGCGGGGCGCUCCUGCCAAGCCCGGCUUCUCCGCAGCGUGGCGGGAAUGCUGUGGAGAGCUCUCUUGUCGCCACUGAGGAGGACUGGGGUGGUGUGGCGACGUGGCAUAGCUUGUCUUCUUCGCUACAACAUACUGUCCCUGGUUUACUUUGUUUACCUCUUGUUGCUGCCAUGGUUUCUGUGUCCCAACAAACACACCAUAAGAGGCUUCCACUGGAGGAUCCUUGGACUGUAUUGCGCCUUCUGUGUCCUGACCUUGUGCUGUGUGGGAUUUCUUUGGUAACCAUCAUCCUUUGCAGAAGAUUGGUCACGAACCGAGAAAUAUUGGCUCCCGCCAAUAUUACAACAAUGCAAGAUGAAGGAACAGAUGACGAGAAUGAAAUCGAGGACGAAUCAGAGGAUGAGGAUGAGGAUGAAGGAGGAUCAUUUCCCGGUGACGCCACUCAUGGCUUGUCAACUGCAACAUUAGCCAAGCAGCUGGCUGAACGUCUGAAGGCCGUAGUCCAUAAAGUACUGCUGGACCUUGGGAGAAUCUUUGCCAUUAGCCUACUUGCUCUGGCUGGAAUCACGUUGCCGUCUGCUUUCUCAGCCAUCUACUUCCUGCUCUUCAUUGGUGUCAGCACAUGGUGGGCAUGUCACCUUCCAAUUAGCCAUCUGGGUUUCAACACUCUGUAUGUGAUGGUGGGCUUCUUCACUGCUGGCCACCUUGUUUGUCUGUACCUAUACCAGUGUCUUCUGGCCCAGGUUCUUUUCCCACCACACAGUCUGUGGGCAAGGCUCUUCGGUCUGAAGGACAUUAUCAAACCUGGAAACUGCUCUACACCAUAUGACUUCAACUUUAAUGCUGAAUAUGACUGGCCAGUUUAUAUCAACCCAGGAAUACUAUUCCUUCUCUACAUUAUCUCAGCAAUGGUUCUAAAAACAGGAUGUCAUGGAACACUUCACCAGGAUGAAGACAAGCAGCAGGAGCUCAAAACUGCAAAUGAGGAGGAGAUGGUGGAGUUGAGCUCCUGGAAUCAAAAGAAUGAGGACUGUGAAGAUGACACUCAGCUCAUGGUCCUGUGUGUGGGAACAGAGCACAUUCGGGAAGAAACUGUUGCUGAAGAAGGUCCACCACAACUUGGUUUUGGUCUUGCAACUGGUGGUCAACAGACUGAAAGCCCAUUUUUAAUGCUGGGAAAGAUGGUCAUGCAGCAGAGUUAUGUCUGUGCUCUGAUAGCAAUGAUGGUUUGGAGCAUCACGUACCACAGCUGGCUGACAUUUGUGCUACUGCUUUGGGCUUGCCUCAUCUGGAUUCUGCGCGCUAGACGACAUGCAGCCAUGCUGUGCUCUCCGUUUAUCUUGGUCUAUGGUCUGGCACUGUGUUGUCUACAGUAUGUAUGGGCCAUGGAGCUUGCGCCUGAACUGCCUACCACCGUGGGAACCAUGAGUCUCAGACAGUUAGGGCUACAUAAAGCCCAGUACCCCUGUCUGAGACUGGGAGCUAUGCUCCUGUUCACUUCAACCUUCUGGCUUUUAGUCCAUCAGUCAGUUAAGGAAAACUUCAGCAAGAGGAGAUCAAGGGCUACGCCACUAGAAGUGACUACAACAGAGCUCGAGUCCACAAAUGAUGAAUCCGUGCUAAAGGUCCUGGGAGGCAUGGUGCUGAGUUUUUAUGCCAAAUAUUGGAUCUAUGUGUGCGGUGGCAUGUUCCUCAUGGUCUCUUUUGUGGGAAAACUUGUUGGAUACAAGAUCGUCUACAUGCUGCUUUUCCUGCUCUGCCUCUGUUUUUAUCAGGUAUACUAUUCUAUCUGGAGGCGUCUUUUGAAGCUCUUCUGGUGGCUUGUUGUGGCCUACACCAUGUUGGUGCUGAUCUCCAUCUACACAUACCAGUUUGAAGACUUCCCUGAUUAUUGGAGGAAUUUUACUGGACUCACAGAACAACAGCUUGCGGCAAUCGGUCUGGAGACGUUUGCCCUCUCAGAGCUCUUCACUAAUAUUCUGAUUCCUGGAUUCUUCCUGCUGGCCUGUAUUCUGCAGCUACACUAUUUCCACAAACCCUUCAUGAGAAUCACUGACCCCGAACAUAUUACACCAAUUCACCGAAAACGCAGCGGUGACCAGACCGGUUCAACUAAUGUUGGAAUGGUCUCCGACUUGGAAGAAGUGUUAACCGAUAUUAUAGAUGAAUCGGAUAAUAAAGCGGAAUUUCUGCCCAGCAAGUGGGGUCUGGUGAUGGACAGAUUACUGGUUCUGUUCAAAAAGUUCUCAGACAUUAUCACCAAAGGUCAAGUCAUUCUCUGGACUCUUCUGGAGCUUCACAUCAUUAAAAUGGUGGCGUUCUACGCUGUGUGGGUUGCACUUGAAGAGCCAUCUGUGUUUAACCUGGUCCUGGUGGUGCUGUGGUCUUUGGCCAUGCCAUUUAGUCGCUUCAGACCGAUGGCUUCCAGUCUGUCAACAAUUUGGGUGUGUGUCAUCAUCAUGUGUAAAAUGCUGUACCAGCUUAGUGUUGUGAGCCCUACUGAGUACUCCAACAACUGCAGUUUGCCACUUUUAAAUGAAACCAACCUUUCAAAAAUGGAAAUAAUGAACUCAUCCCUGUAUAAGGCACCAGUGGACCCUGCCAAAUGGUUUGGUGUCAGGAAGGAACCUACUGUACUGGACUAUAGCAAGAACCAUUUAGUAGUGCUGCUGUUGUUGGUGUUUGAGGCGACAGUGUAUCGGCACCAGGCCCACCACUAUCGUCAGCUGCAACGAUCUCCCUCAAACAUACCUGCUCUGUUCCCAGAAGUCACUAGGAACACUUUAGACCAAGGCCUCAUACCCUGCUUCAAGUACCUGCUGAACUACACUUUCUACAAGUUUGGAUUAGAGAUAUGCUUCCUGAUGACUGUGAAUGUGAUUGGACAACGGAUGAACUUCUUGGUGAUAAUCCAUGGUUGUUGGUUGGUAGCCAUCUUGGUGAGGCGACGUCGGGCAGCUAUUGCAAGGAUAUGGCCAAGAUAUUGUGUCUUUCUGGCCAUCUUCAUGAUCUAUCAAUAUAUACUGUGUGUGGGUAUACCACCUGUUCUUUGUAAAGAUUACCCAUGGCGGUGGAACACCCCACUUUUAAUGAACUCAGCUCUUAUUAAAUGGCUUUAUCUGCCAGACUUCUACACUGUGCCUAACUCCAAAAACCUGAUAGUGGACUUUGUUCUUCUGAUUUGUACAUCCCAGCAGUGGCAAGUGUUUAAGUGUGAGCACUUGGAGGAGUGGGUGGUUCUGGCUGGAGACAAUACAGACAACCCCGAUCCGAUGGAAGGUCGACUGUUUAAUCCUGCACCUAACUUCGUCAACUGCAGGUGUUACCUGGACAUGGCUAAGGUUUUGGUUUUUCGCCACUUAUUCUGGUUUGUACUGUCAGUGGUCUUCCUCACUGGGGCUACACGGGUCUCGGUGUUUGGACUGGGAUACCUUCUCUCUUGUUUUUUUUUGUUGCUAUUUGGGACCCAACUAUUGGUCAAACCCUCCAGGACACGUCUUGCCAUGUGGGAUUGUCUCAUCAUCUAUAAUGUGGCAGUCAUCAUAUCAAAAAAUAUUCUAUCAAUUCUGGCAUGUGUGUUUGUUUUCGAAAUGCAGAAGGGCUUUUGUUGGAUGAUCCAACUCUUUAGUUUAGUUUGUACAGUCAAAGGAUACUACGAUCCAAACCUUAUUAGUGACAAGAACUGUAGCCUCCCAAUAGAGGAAGCUGGGAUCAUCUGGGACAGUAUUUGUUUUCUCUUCCUGUUGCUGCAGAGAAGGGUUUUCCUCAGUUUCUAUUUCAUUCAUGUCGUCGCAGAAUUGCAGGCAUUCCGCAAACAGGCCUCAAGGGGGUUUGAGCUCUUCAAAGCCACCAUAAUGAAAAACAUUAAAUCACACCAACAGGCUGAGAUAAAAUCCUUAUCCCAGCUCAAGAGAUCAAUGCACAGAAUCCGCUCCAGACAGCAGAGGUACAGAGAUGGACAUAAAGUUAUUGAAGAAGACAAUCCGAGUCAAAGUGCAGAAAUGAGGACGGAGAGAAAAAAGGAAAGCUUGUCUCAACCAUGGCUGGACCAUGCAACAGUUCUGCAUUCAGGAGGGUAUGACCUGUUUGAAUCAGACAGUGAGGGUGAACAUGAACUGUUGUCAGAGGAACAGAAGCCUCAGAAACAGACCGCCUAUCAGUUGGCUUAUCAAGCAUGGGUGAACAAUGUGAAAAGAGCUCUGAAAGAGCAUCAAGGAAACCGAAGACAACAGAGAAGAUUUGAAAUCGUUGAGGAUGAGAGUUCCACACCACAGACAUCACAAGAGGAGGCUUGCUCAGUGACAGGCUCAGAGGAUAAUGAUGUGUUUGAAGAUCCUCAAUUGAAGGAGCCAGUGGAGUUUGGUCAUGGCGAGAUUGUUCAGAGGAUGUUGGAUAUCAUACGUUUCUUAUGGGCCGUAGUACUAGCCAUCAUGGAUGGAUUGACCCAGUGGCUUAACCUUCUGACGAAACAGUACAGGGAAACAUCGGCUGUUCUGUGCAAUGAACGCUACUUUUUCAUACACAAGAUACAGCGAUCUCAAACACCAUUAGACUCGACGACUGACCAAUCUCAAGGAAGUGAUAGUCCCACACUGGAUACUUAUUUGAGACAAACUGAGACAGAGUCCCCAACUCAAUACAGCCUCUUGGAGGAGACCCAUAUUGUGGAGGACUUGUCUCCUUCUAGACCAGGACUCAACAGAACUACAAACCUCUUGAGUCCUGAACUCCCGCUUGGCAGCAAUGACCUGAUACCUGAUACCCAAUCCAUACAACAACACAGACAUUCCAGAACAGCCAGUGAAGUGCUGGGAGACAGGCACUAUUUUAUUGAAGAGCUGGAACAGAGCAUAAUGUUCUACAACAACCAAAACCGUGUGCUGAAGCUCUUGUUCGCCACACACAGUCUGCUGGCAGCCAACUCUGAGCUCGUUUGUUAUUUUAUCAUAAUAUGGAAUAAUGUGGUCAGUGCCUCAGUGAUAUCACUGGUGUUGCCGAUUAUGGUCUUUCUAUGGGCUAUGUUGACUGUUCCAAGACCAACCAAAAACUUUUGGAUGACUGCCAUUGUCUACACAGAGGUGAUGGUGGUGGUAAAAUAUCUUUUUCAGUUUGGAUUUUUCCCCUGGAACAGUCUUUAUGAGAUGACUUUAAAUGAAGACAAGCCUUUCUUUCCACCUCGCAUCCUCGGUUUGGAGAAGACGGAUACCUACAUAAGAUAUGACCUCCUUCAACUACUGGCUCUCUUCUUCCAUAGAUCCUUGCUCAUGCGUUAUGGCUUGUGGGACCACAAAGACCCUUUGGGGGAACAAAGUAACUCAUCAGGGAAUGGCAAGGAGGAAAGAUUCAAUAACAAAGGAGACAGAUUGAAUUCAGCGUCUACCACAGAAAACCUAAAUAUUACUGACCUAGAACAACUUGAAAAGUUUUCUGUCCAGCCCUUUCCAGCUGACUCAGCGGCAUCCCAGGACAGAAGAGAAAGUAUGUCUGGGCUGAAUCAUUCAAGAAGGCUGAAAAAGGAUGAAAUCAGUGGGAGCAAUGAAGAAGACUUCGAGGAAAUCAAACAGAAAAGCUGUGGCCUCCACUUACGCAAGAAACCUAAAGAGCUUAAAAAACAUUCCUCCCAAGUGAAACCCACUGCUGAGAAGACCGAUCCCAGCAAAGACCUAACAACAAAGAAGAGGAAAUUCAGAAGGAAAGAAGGAGCCACAAAUAGAAUACAGACUGUCAGACACAAGCUUAAACAAGCCUUUAUUUGUGGGAUUUUGGGAGUUUACAGGUCUAUUCAGGGUUUCUUCAUUGAUAUUCUCCAAGCUGAUUAUCGUGUUGCCACUGAUGUCUACGCACUCAUGUUCCUGACUGAUGUUAUUGACUUCAUCAUCAUUGUGUUUGGAUUUUGGGCUUUCGGGAAACACAGUGCAGCAGCUGAUAUUGCCUCCACCUUGUCAGAGGACCAGGUUCCAGAAGCAUUUCUGGUGAUGCUUCUCAUCCAGUUCACCACCAUGAUCAUCGACAGAGCUUUGUACCUGCGUAAAGCUGUCCUGGGGAAACUAAUUUUCCAGGUUGUUCUUGUGUUUGGGAUACACCUGUGGAUGUUCUUUAUCCUACCUGCUGUCACUGAAAGGAGAUUCAAUCAGAACUUUGUGGCCCAGCUGUGGUACUUCGUCAAGUGUAUUUACUUUGCCCUGUCAGCGUACCAGAUCCGUUGUGGGUACCCUACUCGUAUUCUUGGCAACUUCCUCACCAAAAAUUACACCCACCUAAACUUGUUUCUCUUCCAAGGUUUUCGUCUGGUUCCCUUCCUUGUCGAGCUGCGAGCAGUAAUGGACUGGGUUUGGACAGAUACCACUCUGUCUCUCUCCAACUGGAUGUGCGUGGAAGACAUUUAUGCAAACAUUUUCAUCAUCAAAUGCAGCCGUGAAACAGAGAAGAAAUAUCCCCAGCCUAAAGGGCAAAAGAAAAAGAAGAUGGUGAAAUAUGGAAUGGGUGGACUCAUCAUCAUCUUCUUAGUGUGCAUCAUAUGGUUCCCCCUGCUCUUCAUUUCACUGGUCAGAUCUGUGGUUGGUGUUGUAAACCACCCCAUUGAUGUCACUGUUACUGUCAAGCUAGGAGGAUAUGAGCCUAUCUUCACCAUGAGUGUCCAGCAGCAGUCCAUCCAACCCUUUACAGACGUGCAAUACGAAAAACUCACCAAAAAGUUUGGGAACAAUGCGGUAGCCAUGCAGUUCAUUUCACUUUAUGGUUAUGAGGACAUUGUUACAGCCAUGAUUGAAGGCAGUUCAGGCUCAGUCUGGAGAAUAAGCCCCCCGAGCAGACAGGAAGUCAUAAAAGAACUGCUCGGAAGCCCCGCUGACCUAACAUUGCGUCUGUCGUGGAAUUUACAAAGGGACCUGGGGAAAGGAGGGACUGUGGAGCACACAUUUGACAAGCACUCAAUUGACCUGGAACCUGGGAACCCUGUGAGGGCCGAUCUCGCGUCUCUUCUGCUGCGCAAUCGCACUAAGGCAGUGCAUGUUCCAAAUAUGUUUCCAAAUUACAUCCGGGCCCCCAAUGGAGCAGAGGCCAAACCAGCCAGUCAACUAUAUGAAGGAAAUGAAGAAAGCUACCAGAAUAUAACCCUGUCGCUGAUGAGCGACAAUUCAUUGAACUCCAGUGGAAAACAGGAAUGGUGGGACAUCGCCAUUGGAGGCUGUGCCCCUUCUUCAUGUGGGGUUUUGUCCAUGAUCAUAUUCAACGACAAAGUCAGUCCUCCCAGUCUUGGCUUCCUGGCUGGAUAUGGGAUCAUGGGUUUGUAUGUGUCUGUGGUCCUGGUCAUUGGAAAGUUUGUGCGAGGCUUCUUCAGUGAGAUCUCUCACUCCAUCAUGUUUGAGGAGCUUCCCUGUGUAGACCGCAUCCUGAAGCUUUGUAUGGACAUCUUCCUGGUGCGUGAGACUGGAGAGCUGGAGCUGGAAGAGGAGCUAUAUUCAAAACUCAUCUUCCUUUAUCGAUCACCCGAAACCAUGAUCAAAUGGACCAGGGACAUCCGCAGCCAAGACAGACAUUGACACACUAACUCGUUGUGUAGGACUGAGAUACAAAGCUGUUGUCCGACACGACAUAGGAAGAAUGAACAACGGAAAAACCCAUUUACAUACACAAAGUUUAAAGAUUGUUAAUAACUGUAAUGAAUACAGGAUGUAAACUGUAAACCGUACCAUGUUGAAAAUUCCUACGAUAACCCAGGCAAUUGUUGCUUUCAAUUGUUUUAAGUUAAAAAAAAUAAUAAUAAUGUUUUGUACAUAGUGAUUACAACAAAUGACUUUUGGAGUUAACUCAAAACAUUUUGUAAAUGCAACCUUAAGUGUAAACAAUCCCUCUUUUACGUGAAAUUAAUGAUAAAUUAACAUUGCAGCAGAAGUGAUGGGAUGAGCUCCAGACAGGUCAAGAGGCAGUGAGAUUUCAGACAGAUACACAAUGAGGACUGAGAAUCGGGACGCUCCGACUUCAGUGAAUUUCCCGGAAUGACUCCUAAUCACAAGCCGGAACUGGACAAUCGGCAAACUUGCCAUGACAUGAAAAUGUGACCUCCAAUUAUUUGAAGCACCCGCUAUAUUCUUUUAUUGAGCUACAAACAACACGGAGCAAUUGUCAAGGAAAAGUAGAUUGUCCUUGCCACUGUAGCGCUGUAGCUACAUUCUUCCAUUGGCGGAGAAUACAGAGUGAAAGAUUACAUAUUACAUUUGUAUUUAUUUAUAUUACAUUUUUUUUAUUGAGUUGCAUAUGAGACCAGCAUUACCAGAUAUACAAAUAUAUAUAUUAAGAAAGUUAGGAAUUGUUAGAACCAGUGAAAAUGCACCAAUUUCUGGUCAAUGUCUUUAAUACAAAGGCAAUAUAAGUCGAGUUUCAAGCGUGGCCUUUUUGUUGAAUCAGUUUCCAACAUUCAUGAAUUUCUUCAUCGAUAUCCUAUUUUUAAAAGACUACUAUCAUUGGAGAGCAAAGCAUUUUUUUUUGGCGGGGGGGGAGAGCACAUUUCAUACACAAGGUAACCCAAUGUGCUUUACAUGAUUAAAAGCAUUUAAAAACAAAGAAAAAUUAAAAGAACAGCUUAAAAUCUAACUUGCUAAACACAGAAACAGACAACAUAGAAUAUAAUACAGCUAAUCAUAUGGAGUUAAAAAAAUAUAUUACUCACCAAGAGGUUGUUGUUUUUUUUGGAGGGAUUGGGUGGGGGUUGUCAACUAUAAAUUCAGUAAAUGUUGUACAAGAAUUUUAACGUGUAAUUUCGAGAAAUAAAAAUUUCCCAAUUUUUCAAAAGUCUUGAUUAAAACUAGGACACGUG